AUGCCGAAGUUUUCCAAAGGGUUUGGGCGGCGGAAAUCCACCUUAAACGAACUUCACGAUUCCCGGGGAGCAGGAGUGGAAUCAUCCUUCAAAGUGAUUGAGCGUGAGGAUCCCGCCAGCAACUCUUCAAACGGCGGGAGGAAUCUUGGGAAAGCCACCACGGUGCCGCCACUGGGACCAAAGACCUCGGUGCUAGCAGACGAUGACAACUUGUUUGAAAACAUUUACAACCGUGACAGUGGUGCGUCCAACACGAAUACCAUGUCCACGACUGAUAAUUCAUCUCGCUUGAGUGCAGCGUCAACGGCUCCUUCUUCAACGGAUGUGCCGAGGCGCGAAGACUGGAAAUCCCCUCACGACAAGCCAUUUAGUGACAUUCCGGUGCCUCCAGUUCCCAAGUCAACUUCGGCCUUUUCUUUGAAGAACGCAGGCCGCACUCUCUCCUGGGGACGAUACAACAAGUCGACUUCACCGCUUCCUGCUAAAGAAACUCCCCCGGACUCUCCAGACAUCGAAGAUAGCAAAUCUUCCGGCAGGGAGCGAGCUGUGACAGCCUCCAGCUACGCAAGCACAGCUACACCUCCGAAGUUGGAAGAAAAAGAUUUGGGACUGAGUCUAGGUGGAGAUUUUUCCGAAAUGUUUAGCGGCGGUUUUGGAACCCGAAGGAGCGUAGUAUUAGAGACGGAGACAAACAGAGCCUUGACGAGGAGCCCUGAGACAGUGCCGCCGGGACCCGUUUCUGCUAAUCGUUCUCUCACAGCAAGUCGCUUUAACCAACCAUCCCCUCUCAGCAUUGAUAGAAACCAGGAGGUCGAGCCCUCGCCAUACUCAUGGAGCAGCCAGCAUUCUCAUGACGGUCUGAUGGGGAAUUCGAGUCCCGCCUUCGCCCGUCACAAUACACCACCCCCUGUUCCGAAGCACGCCGCACCACGGCCAAACGAUAGCGCGUCCUCGUAUGCCAAGAUCGAAAAAUCUGGGGGAGCAGCCAACGCCAGUAGCGGGCUACAACGGAGUAGUGCCAACAUGGAACCAAAACGAAAACCUAAUCUGGAGUUUGGGGAUGCAGCUGAUGAAGAAGCCAGGCUUCUGCGGGAGUCCAUGGGGAGUGUGACUCAACACACCAACGAACCAGGCCAUGAUUCUAGAGUCCAUGACAGCUGGACGUUGCCCUCAACCACGGCAUACAAGGUAGACGACUCGAGACUAGCAAGCUGGGGUACGGGGUCCGACACAACUCCGAAAGCAAAGAAGCCCUUGGCAAAGAUGUCCGAGGAAAAUAUGUUUGACGUUCAAAUUGCUGCCUCGGCAGGUUUGGCUCAACGAUUUAACGAAAGAUCUCUGUCUCCGCCAACGCAGCAAAAUGCCCCGCAGAACAAAGUCAUGACACCCGCCCAAUUCGAAAGAUAUAAGCAAGAUCAGGAGCGUUUGAGAACCUCUGGAGGACCUAUGAAGGAAGAGGAGGAGGAGGAGGAGGAGGAAGAACCAUAUGACGAUGAUGAGGAUGAGGCUGAAAAGAACAAGCAGCUCGCCAAACAGCGUCGCAAGCAGGAAGCCCACAUGGCAGUAUACCGGCAACAAAUGAUGAAGGUCACUGGAGAGGCCAUCCCUCCCCCUCGCCCAAGCGUCUUAGCCACGCAAAGCAGUCCGAACCUGGCCCUUCCAGCAAACGUCGAGGAGGCCGAAGAGGAAGACGAGGAAGUGCCUCUGGCAAUAUUGCAGGCACAUGGAUUUCCAAACAAGGGGAAACAGCAAAUGCGAAGUAUGGGCUCAAACCCGAACCUUCGCUCUUCUGCGGGUGGAGUUGUGACUGGUGCAGGUGGCGGCAACCUUCCGGUAUUUGCUCGAAACCUGCCACAAGAUCCGUAUGUUGGCGCGGGACUUGUGAACCCUAUGCACAGAGAGUCUUUGCAAUACGGCGGCGGAGCCGGCUCUGUGAACGGAGAGCCCCCUCGAGGUCUUCCUCCUGGUGGACUGGUUGGUGUGAUAGCUACCGAGGAGAGAUCCCGAGCCAUGAGACGAGGCAGUCCGAACCCUCAAGGGGGAUUCGGUGCCUCUACACAGGGUGGUGGAUUCAAUCCCAUGAUGGGAAUGCAACCGCCCGCAGUUGGCAGCCCUUACAACGGGAUGGGGCCGGCACCUAUGGGUGGGAUGGGGCCAGGUGGUAUGGGCCAUAUGCCUCCCAUGAUGAUAUCACCAGGAGACCAAGCCCAAAUCCAGAUGUCCCAGCAAAUGUCGCAGUUUAUGGCGAUGCAGCUGCAGUUCAUGCAGCUGAUGGCUACUGGCGGCCAAAGCAACUCCCCAAACCAGAUGCUCUCGCCAGUGGAGAAUCAGCGCCCCGGUAGCGCUCAUCACACUCGCCCGGGGAGCGCCCACCUUCAAGGUGCAUCCCACCAGAGGGCCAUGACCCUGUUAGACCCAAACGCCGUUCCGUGGAUGAACAGUGGAGGAGGGAGUCAGUAUUCCCCCUCGCAAGGCGGGUAUGCGCCUUCAAUCGCACCCUCGGAACGAAGCAAUGUCGGUUUGCCUGGUCGCUAUAGACCAGUCUCUCAAGCUCCCCCACAGGUGCAACACAACAAGGCAAGGACGAACACCAUGUCGGGCGCUCUUCACGGAUGGGGAGACCUGAACGGUACCACUAUCAAGGCUGGGAAGAAGCCUGCCAAUGUUUCUGACGAGGACGAUGACGAGGCCUGGGCGGCAAUGAAGCAGAAACGAGAGCAAAAGAAGUCGCUUUGGAAAACGAAAAAGGGAAAAGAGGAUACCAACGGAAUUCCAGGCUACGCAUUGUAG